AACGUCAUCUACAUGAAUGCUUUUAAGAGCUCCCAAGCCAGGCAGUCAUCAGUCAGCCCAGCAGACACACUGCCUUCAGUAGUAAAGCAGUCUAUCAUAUCAAUCCUGCAAGUUGUCUGGUGAAGUGAGACACUCUGCUUCCAGUCUGUGCUACAUCUUCUCUACACCAUUCAGCCACCAUGUUCAUAAACGAAGAGCUCGAGUGUGUCGUGUGCUGCUACGAGUACUCACGCAGCGACCGGGUCCCGCGGGUCCUCCACUGCAGCCACACCUUCUGCGCCCCCUGCCUGGAGAAAAUGUCCAAACUGGAUGGGGGCAUACGCUGUGUCUCCUGCCCUCUGUGCCGCUGGAUUACCUGCACCCCAGUCAGCCUGACCCUGUCCGGGGCCCUGUGGGUCAACACGGACAUCUGGGACCAGAUUCUAGAGGCGCAGCAGUGGAGGAAGCAAGACGCUGUGGAGGAUUUCAACAUCACAAAGACCCAACUCAUUGAGACAACACUCCCUAAUUCAAGACGCUCUGGUUUCAUGUCUAAACUCCAAAAAAUGUUCAGCUGUGGGCUGCUGCAAGGAGGAGAGAUGGACACCUGCUGACAGUUUAACAGCAGAAGAAAUGGCAGCGGCAUCUCCCUUUCGCAUCAUGUUUAACUUGACAGUCCAAUGUAGCAGUGCGUCUGCAGCGCAGGACGCCUGCAGUUUGCAGGACCACAGUUAACUUACUAAAGGACAGACCUCUCAGGCGGCCUGCGUCUCGGUCCCUGCUGGACACUCGCGAGGAGCGAAGGACCUGAAGAGCUUUGUGUGAGGUUUUGUAGGUUUAAAACAAUCAUCUCAAGGCUCUUUAUCAUAAUUGAUGAGAGCCUCAUGCUGAACUCUGAAGUGGUUUAAAACUGGAAGUUUUGAUCUGUGAAUUUGUUGUUAAGAGUAACUGUGAAAUAUCAACAAAUCAAUAUUCAAUCAAUUCUGAUUUGUUUCCCAAAGCUGA